AACUACGAAUUUGUGUGUAGGCUUAUAAUUAAAAACAAAAAAACAAAACGUGUUGAUGUUUUUCUGUGCAAAUUUAUACGCGGCGAUUUGCUGAAAAAUUCACCGAUUUUCGUUGACCCACAACAACCACUAUGCCCCACAAUCAUCGUAAUGGAAAUUCCGGAAAGGAACUCUAUAAAAAAGCCUUGGCCGACAUCCGGGCACAAGUUGAACAAGGAGGAGGCAGGAACCAGCAACGGGAGCGCGCCUUGGCCGUGCUCAUGAAGGAAGUCGAAACGCAGUUUAAUAAAAAGUUUCAAUUCGUCCGGAAUACCGAUACCGAACCGGAACUGCCAUCGGUGGAUACUUUGUUUAGCAAGCGAGCUUACAGUGUGGAGAAGUUGAAAAAAAUCAAACUCGAUUUGAAUCAGGUUAAAAGUCGGCUCAAUGAUUUUGAGAUCAGUGAUUGGCAUCGGCACACUCGUAACCGAUCUUCUCUGAUCCCGGUUUUAAACAGGCUCAAGUACAUUGGUGCCGAAUUCGUCACACAAGCGUUCGCUAAGUUAUACGAAUGUGUAUACGCCUACAAUGUGGUUCCAGAAAAUUCGACUCAGUAUUGCAGCGUUCACUUGUGCGAGGCACCUGGUGCCUUCAUUACCGGAUUGAACCAUUAUCUUAAACAGAACCGACCGCGAACUGCUUGGCGCUGGUUUGCAAAUACACUGAAUCCUUACUACGAGGGCAAUUGUUCGGGAUAUAUGAUUCCAGAUGAUCGAUUCAUUUUACCAACUCUGAGGCAAUGGUGUUUCGGGGAUGAUUUUACCGGGGACAUCAUGCGACGCGAGAAUGUUGAAACCAUUGUAACACGAGCUGAAAAAUUUAAGACGGUAAACCUUGUCACAGCCGAUGGUUCGAUUGAUUGUGUUAACGUACCGGAAGCACAAGAGCAACGUGUAUCCCAGCUGCACAUGGCAGAAACUGUUGUGGCCCUGAAGAUCCUUAGUCCCGGAGGUUGCUUCAUUUUGAAAAUGUUCACAUUCUUUGAGCAUAGCAGUGUAAAUCUACUGUAUCUUUUGUACGUUUGCUUCGAGGAGCUUCACGUAUUCAAGCCUUGUACCUCUAAACCAGGAAACUCAGAGGUAUACGUAAUCGCGAAAGGAUUCCGAAAACCCAAGGAUCUCAAUGGAUAUUUGGAUAAGAUUUUCGAGAACCUUUAUUCAACAAACGCCAUGUUCGGUUUAGAAUCUCUUCCCCAAGACUUUGUGGAACAAGUUUAUCAAUGUGCAUAUACUUUCAUGGCUUUCCAAGCUGAAGUGAUUGAGGGCAAUAUUUAUUACUAUAAUCGAGUUGAUCCGAUAGAGGCAGACCGAUUGAGUAAGUUCAAAAAUUUAAUAUGCAAUUCAUUCUUCGAUAAGUACCAAAUUGGCCGCAUACAACCCUCAGAUGCAAUUUUGUAUGGUAUGAAUAUAGGAGCUGGGUCGAUCAAUAUGAAUCCUCAAGAUAACUUCGGAACCUACAACGAAAGAAGCCUAAUUAGCUCCUACAGUGGCGAUGCAAGGAAAACAACACUUAGAACAAAAUUAAAAGCGCUCAUACAUGAAAAACCCACUUUCCUGCCAGACUCUAGACUGAGUGAUUGUCCACAGUUUAUGCCGAAUAUAGGCCAGGAUGCAAUCGAUAUAGUUUGUGGAAAGGAAAUCGAAACAGUUAAAAGUAGCAAAUUCGCUAUGAUGUCCUACGUACGAUUGCUUAGAGAAACGGUCAAUGUUAUUUUAUCUGAUUCAGAUGCAACGAGAAAAUCAAGCGAAUCAACUCCGCUGUACAGUCUUGACUGCACAGCAUACAAACUCACGAUAGACAUAAAAUCUUACGCAAAAGCCAAUUUUUACGAUGAAUUUGAAAAAGGAUUUUUUAAUUUCAUUGUAAAUUGCAUCACCAAGCUGCCGAUGCACGAUGGCAUCGAAUGCCUAAUCAUCGAGAACUGGCUGCUUUUAACACAGUUUAGCGUUGGAGUACUUCUCUACUUGAAGUCAUAUGUGUUUGAACACAUCGAAGCAGCCAAAAGCGGAGGUAAGAUCCGCCUAUCCCGUUUGAAACCUGACGGAAUCGCAGCAUUGCGGUAUCUGCACGAUCGGCUGCAAACGGAACUGGCAAAAUGCGAACCAGGAAAGUCAGUGUUGGGCGUUGUGCCAACACGUUUGCUGCUCGAAGGUGGUUUCUACUAUGCUGUGAUAAACUAUAACAAUACCUUGUUGCUGGAAUACAGCAGGCAACUUUUGGGAGAGUAAUCUGAAUCUAUACUCUUUUUUUGUGCCUUCUUUCUUUUUUUAUUUUUUGUUAAAACUUUAAAACCCGACUGAUAUUUAUUACGUUUUGAAUUCUUCAUUUGAUAGACUUCUUUGAACUAACACAAACAUCUUGAAAGAUUUGUUAUAAAUACAACUAUGAAUAUUAUUUAUGAA